CAAAUCACAAAUCCUUAUAUUUCCUCUAUUCUCCUUUUUUUCCCCCACAAUAAAUCCGACAAUUACACAAUACACGGAGAUCUUGGUCUCACGUUCAAAAAAAUGUCUUCUCCUGCUGAAUGGUACAAGUCACUUCCCCCAGUUACCAAGAUCUAUGGGACAGCAUGUUUAGUUUGUACCGUCGCCUGUCAGAUUGGCCUAUUGACUCCUUUUGACUUUGCAUACAUUCCUCGGCUAGUCUUCUUUAACUUUCAGGUCCAUAAGCUUUUUACGACGCUUUUUUUCCUCGGAAAAUUCUCUAUCAACUUUGGGAUUCGCCUCUUAAUGAUAGCUAGAUAUGGUGUACAACUGGAGAGCGGACCUUUUCAGGGUCGUACAGCUGAUUUCUUGUGGAUGAUGAUAUUUGGAGCAUUUUCCCUAUUGGUUUUAGCUGCCAUUCCUCCUCUCCAGUCUCCUUUCCUGGGGAUAUCUUUGGUCUUCAUGCUUCUCUAUGUGUGGAGUAGGGAGUUUCCCAAUGCCAGUAUCAACAUAUAUGGCCUUGUCAAUCUUAAGGCAUUUUAUUUGCCAUGGGCCAUGCUAUGUCUGGAUGUUAUAUUCGGUUCGCCAAUCAUACCAGAUCUUUUAGGCAUUGUAGCUGGACAUCUGUUUUACUUCUUGACAGUGUUGCAUCCGCUUGCCACUGGGAGAAACAUAUUGAAGACACCACAGUGGGUACAUAAACUGGUGCAGUGCACUAGAUAUUUCAAUCCAGUGCAAAAUUCUGCUCGGGCUGACAGGACAGAUCCAGUUUUCAGGGGUAGAUCUUAUCGUCUUGGUGGUUGACAUGGAUUUCUUCUCACAUAUAUAGAAAUUGCAAAAUUUUGUAAACAUCAGCACUCGACAUAGUGAAAUGUGGAUAAUGCUGGUGUGAAGAGUAAUCCAAGUUGCUUAAACUGGCUCUACUAACUUCAAACAGAAUAGGAGUGCCUCAAUGACUGAGGCAGCAAUUUUUUGCUUUUGGGAUCUUCAUCGAUAUAGGAUACUUAUAGGUUCUUGGAGGAAGUAAUCAUUGGAAAACUUGCAUCUCAAAAAAGGUGAUUGAUGAGCAUGGGAAUGGUUUAUUUUAUUUGACAUUUUACUCUUUUUUUUUUUUAAAUUUUUUUUAGUGUUGGUUGAAGGAUGGAUAAAGGGCAUGAGCUGCUGGGUGGGGGAAUGGGGGAGAGUGGUUGAUUUAUUCGCUUCUGCAAACCUAAGCCUGAAAGUUUGAGAGUUAUUAUAAUCGCUCAUCUACGGGCAAGCAAUCAAAUCUUAAGCUCAUCAUAGAGCUGAAGCAUUGGUUUUGAAGUGAUGGAAUCUGAAGUCUCCAAGAUAUGUUGCCAUUUAUCUGCGUGUAUGUGGAUUCUUUCUGUGAUGUUGUUAUUGGGCUUGCAAAUGUUGGAAUUUUUCUCUGUUAGAGAUAAAUUUUGAAUGUGUUGCCAUUGAAUUUAGUUCUCUUAUCUAGGAGGAUUACCUCCGCAGGCUGUUUUGCAUCUUCAGUUGACUCUCAUUGGUACACGGACGUUGACGGCAAUGUGAUUAAUUUGCAAAUCUGUCCAUA